AUGUAAAAAAAUCAAUUUUCAAAUGUGUUUUGGAGAAAGGUGAGGGAGGAUAUGAGGAUGGAAAUUCUCUUAGAGAAGAUGCCAUUGAAACAAUUUAAAUUGUAUGAGUUGACUGAAGAUGAAAUGAAUAUCAAUUUAGAUUAAGUUACACAAUGGUCUCCAGAUAAUGAGAAGAUUUAUAAAAACAUAUCUGAGAAUGGAUUUGCUGAUUUUAUUUGCAAUAAAGAAUAUAUGAUUGAAACUUAUACAAAUAUAGUAUUUGAUUCUGAAGAUAUAACAUAAAUGGAUAACCAAUUGUUACAAUUCAAAAAUUUGCUACUAUUAAGAUUAAAUCAUAACAAAAUUGAAGUUGUUCAACAUCUUCCUUAAUAAUUAGUAGAACUACAUCUCUUUAACAAUCCAAUUACAACUUUGAAUUUAUUGAAGCAUAACUUAUAGUAUCUAGGUUUAGGGUAUUGUUUGUUGAAUGAUGAUGCAAUCCAAACUAUUCCUAAGUUCUUGCCUUAAUUGAUAGGUUUGGAUCUGUCUCACAACUAGUUAUGUGAUUUAGAAUAUUCAGUAGAGGCUUGUAAAAAGAUUUCUAAUUUAAAAAUGCUUUCCCUUUAUGGAAAUCCUUUAGUUUUGAUGCCUCAAUACUUUAUUUACAUUGUUGACAACCUUCUGAAUUUGAGAAGCUUUGAUGAAUAGAGUUUCUUGGAAAUCAAAAAUAGAUUGGAAUAAGCAGAGAAAGAAAAGCAAGCUAAAAAAUAAGAAGCCUUGAGAAAAUAAUAGGAAGAGUUUGAACAAUAGCAAAAAUUGUUGGCUGAUAAAAAUAAAAAAGGAGGAAAACCAGGAAAAUAACCAGAUCCAGUUGUAGUUCAAUAACCUUAAGUUAUUAUUCCUAUUGAGGAACCUAAAAUCAAUUUAAAUGAAUUAAGAUAAUUCAAAAUUACAUUAAAAAUAUAGACUUUAGAAAAUCUGGAAGGAAUUUUAUUGGAUAAAUACUCCUACCCUUUAAUGGAACAAAAUAGUAAAUUAUUUUAAAGUAAGUAUGCUAUUACAGCAAACUUAUUUGGAAUUGAACUAAAAACCAAAGAAUUAUUAUAUGAGACUGCAACGAUUGAAAAUGAAAUAGGAAGAAUUGAUUUUGAAUUUUCUUUUGAAUAACUUUUUAAUCCUGAUGUUGAUAUAAGAGAUGCAGUUGAACAAGGGUUUUUAGUUUCUGUUUCAGUUGAGGAACCAAAGAUGUUUAUUGCUGAUGACGGGGAAAAAAGGCCAGUCUUAGGCUAAGAUGAAUUGCCUGAACAAACUAUAAAGGUAUUAGGAGUUUGUAAAAUUACAUGUGAUUGGUUGAGAGGUUACAAUAAGCAAUUUAAUAAAAAAUACAGAUUAUUUAAGGAGGAAACCAAAAACUCAGCUGAACAUUGGUUUCCACUGGAAAAUGAAUAGGAUUUAGUUUAAGCUAAGAUGGAAAUGAUUCAAAAAGAAAAAGAUGCAGAGUUGGAGGAGAAAAAAGCCUAGUAAGCUUUGAUUGAAUAAAAAAAGGAGUAGAGUAAAGGGAAGGGAAAGGAUGUUAAAAAAAAGGAUGAUAAGAAAAAUGUGAAGAAAGGUAAAGAUGAACCUGCUCAAAAAUUGGUAGGGUAAUUAGAUUGGGAGGUUGAUACCAGAUAAUAUAUAUAUGUAAAUGAAAAGAAAGUGCAUAGAGCAACUGACAUGUUAUUAGCAAUAGCUUUGGAUCUAGGAUAUUGA